CCCUAAUCCUUUAUCACUGAAUUCGCUUUCUUUUCCCUUCUUCAUCUAUCAAAAUGGCCCCCUCCGCCUCCAAGCAGAAGCGUCUCGCAGACAAGGCCGCCAAGGCCGCCGAAAAGGGCACCACCUCCUCCAAGUCCUCCACCGGCGCCAGCACUCCCGUCACCAGCGUCGAGGGCGUCACUGACGAGAUGGCCAAGCUCCAGGCCGCCACCGACCGAGGUGCCAGCGGUGUCCUCGUCUCCGACCCCAAGGGCCGAGACAUCAAGAUCGACCAGUUCACUCUUUCUUUCCACGGUCGUCUUUUGAUUGAGGGUGCCGAGAUCGCUUUGAACUAUGGCCAGCGAUACGGUCUUUUGGGUGAGAACGGAUCCGGAAAGUCUACCUUCCUCGAGUCUAUCGCCAACCGUGACGUUGAGAUCCCCGAGCACAUUGAUAUCUACCUCGUCUCUGGUGCCGUCGAGCCUUCCGACGUGAACGCCCUCGACUACAUUGUCGCCUCUGCCCGUGAAAAGGUCGAGCGUCUCGAGAAGCUCGCCGAGGACAUGUCUACCGCCGACGAGAUUGACGAGCUCGGUCUCGAGGCCAUCUACGAGGAGCUUGAGGAGAUGGACCCUUCCACGUUCGAGGCCAAGGCCGGUGCCAUCUUGAACGGUCUCGGUUUCACCCAGGCCAUGAUGGCCAAGCCCACCAAGGACAUGUCUGGUGGUUGGAGAAUGCGUGUCGCCCUUGCCCGAGCCUUGUUCAUCAAGCCUCACCUCUUGUUGCUCGAUGAGCCCACUUCCCAUUUGGACUUGGGUGCCGUCGUUUGGCUCGAGGCUUACCUCUCUACCUACAACCAUAUUCUCGUCUUCACCUCCCACUCUGCCGACUUUAUGGACACUGUCUGUACCAACAUCAUGGACUUGACCCCCAAGAAGAGGCUCGAGUACUACGGUGGUAACUACACCAUCUACACCAAGACCAAGAGCGAAAACGAGGUCAACCAGAUGAAGGCCUACGUCAAGCAGCAGGAAGAAAUUGCCCACAUCAAGAAGUUCAUUUCUUCCGCCGGUACUUAUGCCAACUUGGUCAAGCAGGCCAAGUCCAAGCAAAAGAUCAUCGACAAGAUGGAGGCUGCCGGUUUGGUCGAAAAGGUCGAGGCUCCCAGGCUCCUUCGAUUCAACUUUGAGGACAUCAGGAGACUCCCUCCCCCUAUUGUUGCCUUCUCCGACGUCGCCUUCUCUUACUCUGGUGAGAAGAAGGACUACCUCUACGAGGACUUGUCUUUCGGUGUCGACAUGGACUCUCGUGUCGCUAUCGUCGGUGACAACGGUACCGGUAAAUCCACCCUCCUCAACCUCAUCACCGGUGCCCUCCAGCCCGUCGAAGGUACCGUCAACCGACACACCCAGCUCAAGCUCGCCAAGUACUCUCAGCACUCUGCCGACCAGCUGCCUUACGACAAGUCCCCUGUCGAGCACAUUGCUGCCCUCUACUCUGACAAGUUCCCCGACAAGGACAUUCAGUUCUGGAGGCAGCAGAUCGGUCGAUUCGGUAUCACUGGUGCCCACCAGACCGACCCCAUCAAGCAGUUGUCUGACGGUCUCAAGAACCGAGUCGUGUUUGCUAUCCUUGCCAUGGAGCACCCCCACAUCAUCUUGCUCGAUGAGCCUACUAACCACUUGGAUAUGGUGUGUUUGCUUUGGGCUGUGAUUGGAUCAAGCUGACAUCGAUAUCAGGAAUCUAUCGACGCUCUUGCCAAGGCUAUCAAGGAGUUCGAGGGUGGUGUCGUGAUUGUCUCGCACGACUUCCGACUUAUUUCUCAGGUCGCCGAGGAGCUUUGGGAGGUCAAGGACCACAAGGUGAUCAACCUCACCAAGCAGGACAUCUCUAUCGUCGACUACAAGAAGGCUCUUGCCAAGCGAAGUCAGCACCAGAUCGAGAAGGCCAAGCUCAUUUCCAAGAGCGCCUCCAAGGGUGUCGCGUAAUCGCCUCUCCCUACCGCCUUCAAUCCUUCGCCACAUCAUCUUCGUAUCUUUGUGCGAGUUGUUUUUCCAUGUCGUCUUUUAUCAACGCACUGUGUCGAUUAGUCCCUUAUUCUUCCCUUUUAUCUUUCAUUUCACCUUUAUCAAAAGAGAUGUGUGAUUCUCAAACCCCCCAUAGACGAGCAUAGCAUGCUAUACCCCGGAGAGUAACGACGUAUGAAGCUCAAAUAAUACUACAAUUUCGACUCUUUUCUUCGGGCAAAUUCGCCCGCGGCAGAGACUUGAAUCGUUCAGUCACACGGUAGCUCAGGUAGACGUUAUCAGACAGUCUUUCAUACGUCUCAAGGACUCUCUAUACAUGCGUCA